UUUCAGCAUUCAUAGUUUGUCCACAAUUAUUUAAAAAUGUCGGAUAAACAUAACCAGGAUAGUGAAAAAAAACUGUAGUUAACUCUAUAGUGUUUAUUAUAACGUAACUGGGCGCAUUUUUACUGUCAAAGAAAUAAAAAUAAUAUACAUCCUUCGCCUUUUAAAAAAUCGCGUCUGCAACCAUGACGGUAUAUAAACAUUUGGGCUGCACUUUCCUCGCAGUAGUUUUGCUUGCAAUGCUGGCUUCUGGAGUUCUAACCUCUAGUGAAAAUGAAGAUGAAUAUUUAACUCAAAAAGAAAUUAUAUUAGAAAAGUCGUACCAUGGGUUGAUUCGAGAAAAUGAAACACUUGUGGAAAUAACUCCGCUAAUUAAAGUGGAUGAAGAGAAAAUUUGUAACUUUCACAUUCUCAAAAAGCCAUAUCACGAAAUUCCAUUUGAGAUUGAAUUAGUCAAUAACCUAGGAAUUUUAAAAGCACGACGGACAUUAAAUUGCGAAAAGCGUAAAAGCUAUCACUUUGAAAUCGUUGCGGUGUAUUGCGAUGGAACCCCUUCAAACACAGCCAAUGUGCAUAUUACUGUGAUUGACAUAAAUGAGUAUGCACCAACAUUUUUAGAGCCGUCGUAUGUAACUGAAGUGGACGAGGGUCGUCUUUACAACGAGAUUUUGCGAGUAGAAGCAUCCGAUAAGGACUGUACUCCACUUUAUGGCGAUGUUUGCAAAUAUGAGAUACUUAAUAAUGAUGAACCGUUUUCAAUUGAUAACGAGGGCUCAAUCAAGAACACAGAACCUCUUUCCCACAAGGCCUCACAUAACCACAUCCUAUCCGUUGUUGCUUAUGACUGCGCAAUGAAAGAAUCUGCAGCAAUAAUGGUCAGCAUCAAGGUGCGUCGGGUGUGUGAAACAAAGUUUUUAAGUAUGCCAGAACGUAUCGAUUAUACCUCCGGUAGCACUGAAAGCCUACAAUUGUUUCCAAAUGCUCGUCUGGAUUUGUGCGAUAUUUCUUGCAAGAAUAAAGACCUAAGUAUUCAUGCAUCAAUAACACUUAAGACAAAACACAUCUCCUUCGGAUGCGAUCGGGACAUGACGAAUUGCACUUCAAGUAAAAAAAUGAAGGAUCUUUUGCCGCAUGGUGCAGAUUGGACUAAAGAGUUAAGUUAUGACGAAGGUACAGAAUCCAUUUUUCACUUCGAUGGGUCCACAGGAGUAGUGGUUCCAGACACUGUGGUUGACCAUUACGAUUUCUCAACUCGUGCUUUUAGUAUUCUUACAAUGUUUCGCCAUAAUAGUCAAGGUGUGGUUAAUAAACAUGUUAAGGAGCAUAUUAUCUGCAGUGCUGAUGACCACAAAAUGAACCGCCAUCAUAUGGCAUUGUUUGUUCGGAAUUGUCGACUUAUUCUUUUACUAAGAAAAAACUUCAAUGAAGGUGAUUUGAACAUAUUCAGUCCUGCUGAAUGGCGUUGGAAAAUCCCUGAAGUGUGCGACAACGAAUGGCACCAUUAUGUUCUUAACGUUGAAGACCCGGCUAAGGUAGAUUUAUUCAUUGAUGGCGUCCGUUUCGAGAGUUCCGUUGAGGAUCGCCACAGCAACCCAGAAGUAAUCGACGAUUGGCCCUUACACGCUGCGCAUGGAGUUAAUACAUCAUUAGCUAUCGGAGCUUGCUACCAAAGUUUGGAAAAUCGUUUAAAACAUGGUUUUAAUGGGGACAUUUCCGAGGUUAAAGUCAGCCUGAACGGUGUUUUGACUUCUGAAGACAUUAAAUGCGGAACCACCUGUGCUGAGCACUUAUUAUCACCUAAGCAAAUGCAAAGCCCAAAAAAGAGUUCGGAACCUGUAAACACUCAAAUCCAAGCAAACAUUCAAAUGAACGAAAUCUAUGUUGAAGCCAAAUCAAAACACGAUAUUGAACAAUUGAUGCGCAAAAUACAGUAUAUCAAUGUUAAACAUAACCCCACAGUAGGUCGUCGUAAUAUUGAAGUCCGUACAGCUCUAACGUGCGGAAAUGAAAGUUCUCUCCACCUGCCGCCAAUUGAGACCUAUAUUAUGGUUAACGAACCAAUGGUUUCACUGAGUACCAAUAUUGAUGCAGGAUCGACGUCGAUGGAAAACUUUGAUCAAAAUCGACAAUCAUAUUCCACUAAAAUAACAAUAUCUGGAACUUCAAAUAAAUUGGUAUCAUAUCAAGAAAUUAAAUUUGGCGUUCAUAUUUUGGAUAAUAUUUACAUUAACGCGCUAUCCAAAAACAGCGGAAAAAGGGAGGAGAAAAAUCAUAUGGACUCCUGCAGCGUUGUUGUGUUUCCCUCUUUAAAUCCGGACCAUGAAGACAUUCAAAUAGACGGCGAUGAUUCAUUAUCAUCUACAAUGGAUAUAAAGACAAAUAUAAAUAAAGAUGGUGUGGAAAUGAUAGGAAGGGACAACAUACACAAUUAUUUAAAUGUGUUACGAUCCCUUGUCUACAGUAAUAAGAAACCGGCUUAUUAUCUCAAUCGAGUUUUUAAGUUAUCUUGUGCUCAGCUUAGCUCAGAGUACAAAAGUGCGGAAUACACCCUUACACUCACUGUACUGCAUCCUAAACAGACGUUGUUUAAGUCUACAAAUUUGACACCUUCGUCGGCUUUAUCCAACCUCAACGGUGUUGGCAAUACCAACACGGAAACAAUUUAUCCCACGAAUGGUGGUUCAACAAACCAGAACGAAAAUCAGGCCACUGAUUCAAAGGUAUAUUCAUAUUCCUUAAUGCAUACAAACGAUGUGCAAGAACCGAAAUCUCACGUACGUUCGUUCGUACACAAAGCCGAAGGUUCUCACCUUACAAUGCUAAUAGUUAUUGUGAGUGUAUUUCUGGCUGUUUUGCUUUGCGGCGUAUCUAUUGCACGUUUAAAAAACAACCAAAAAUAUACUGAUCGUCACCAACCAUGUCCAAAAAUUGUUGAUGAUGGCCUAGUAUGGGAUGAUUCAGCUUUGACUAUAACUAUAAAUCCAUUGCAAGCAGAUGCAGCAUCUGAGGAUAGCUCGGAAUCAGAAAAUUCUGACUCGGAAGAUGAAGAAGCUUUAAAGGACGGCUUUGCUCACAUCAAUCAGCUUGAAUGGGAUAAUACCAACAUUUUUCAACAGUAAAUGUUUUAAAAAACUGGAACUAAUAUAUGUAAAUGUGCUUUUAAAAUAUAACCUACUAAAUCAACAA